GCUACACUGUUGUAAAUAUUAAAAUACUUGUGUGUUAGUGUCACCAUGUCGGUUAAAUCUUGAAUAUUGUUUUGUUGGUUCUCAUAAUCGUAUCCCGCCACCGCCGUAAUUGUCAAACUGUUCUCAUCAUGCAGGAUAUUAAACAAGAAAUCAUGAAAAACGUCGUCAAUCAAAUGGGAUCGUUUGAAUUCGAACCAACUAUAGGAUACGUUUGGGAGUUGUCAAGAUUAAAGUCUCUGGAAAAUUGGACUAUGGAAAAACCUAGUGCUGAAGAAAUGGCGGAAGCUGGUUUUUAUUGCCCAAAUCCAGAUGUGCCAGAUGUGGUAAAAUGCUUCUCUUGUUUUAUAGAAUUGGAUGGAUGGGAACCAACUGAUAAACCUUGGAAUGAACACAGAAAACGAGCCUUAACACUUAACCCACCAUGUAAGUUCAUAGAAAUAGGAAAGAAAGAAAUGGAUUGCUCGGUAAAUGAUUUCUUAGAAAUUCAAAAAAGUGUUGCAUUGCGAAGUUUUAAAGAAAAAUGUGAAAAAAAUCUCAAAACUAUGUUAGCUCUUCACAAAAAGCAAAAAUCAUCUCUUAAAAAAGAACUUCAAAAAUUGGGCGUUUCGUGAAAAAAUGUCUAUGAGGUUUGAAUUUACUUCAAAAGUGAACAUCAUUUAAUUUAUUGUCAAACGCUUCAUAUUAUAACAUGUUUUAUACUUAAGGUAUUAAAUGU